AUGGGUCUCAAGGGCGUUCAUUUCGGUGGAGGCAACAUCGGUCGCGGUUUCGUGGCCGAGUUCCUCCACAACUCCGGUUUCGAAGUGGUGUUCGUCGAUGUCAUGGACAGCAUUAUCGAGUCUCUCCAGAAGAAUCCCAGCUACGAAGUGACCGAGAUUGGGCCUGACGGAGAGUCCAAAUUCACAAUCGACAACUACCGCGCAAUCAACUCCAAGCACGAACUUCAGAAAGUCAUCGACGAGAUUGCUACUGCAGACGUUGUGACUUGUGCUGUUGGUCCCAAUAUCCUCAAAUUCAUCGCCGAGCCAAUCGCCAAGGGUAUUGACGCYCGCAAGGCCUCCUCUCCUCUUGCAGUCAUUGCUUGUGAAAACGCAAUUGGAGCAACCGACACUCUUCGCGGCUUCAUCGAGGAGAAGCUUUCCGAAGACUCCAAGAAGAGCAUUGCCGACAAGGCCGCAUUCGCGAACUCUGCCAUCGAUCGCAUUGUACCGAUUCAAGAUGAAGGCGCAGGCCUCAACGUCAAGAUCGAGAAGUUUUAUGAGUGGUGCGUAGAGGAGAAGCCCUUCAACGGURAUCCACCAAAGAUCAAGGGUGUACACUACGUCGACGACCUCCAGCCGUACAUUGAGCRCAAACUUUUCACCGUCAACACUGGCCACGCCACAGCCGCUUACUUUGGCCACCAACACAAGAAGCAAUACAUCCACGAAGUCCUCCAAGACAAGAAGCUCCACGAUAUCGUGCAGGAGACUCUCAAGGAGACCGCCCACCUUAUCACCACCAAGCAUAUCCACAUCUCCAAGGCAGACCAAGAAGACUACGUCCAGAAGAUCGUCACCCGCAUCAGCAACCCCGUGUUGAAAGACAACGUGGAGCGUGUCGGUCGCGCCCCCCUCCGCAAACUCUCUCGCAAGGAGCGUUUCAUCGGACCCGCCGCUCAUCUUGCUGAGCAAGGCGACAAAGUCGACUACUUGCUGGGAGGGAUCGAGGCUUGUCUCCGCUUCCAGAAUGUAGAGGGUGAUGAGGAGUCUGUGGAGUUGGCGAAGAAACUCAAGGAGAUGGAUUCCAAGGCUGCAACGAAGGAUAUCACAGGUCUCGAGGAGAGCCACCCGCUUUUCGACAAGGUCGAGGCUGUGGUGAAGAAGGUCCAGGCAGAUUCCAAGGUGCGUGGUGGUCCUUCUCCUAGUCUGUAA